CUUUUUUUUUACAAAGUUCUUUACUCCCUAUUUUCUCUUCUUCAUCCCUCUUCUCUUUUGUACACCUAAACCAUUUAACCAAACUCAUGAUCUGAUAUCGAAUCUCGCUUACAUUAUUACCUUAUGUCUUUAUCAUACUCCAUAUUUUUCUUUUUAUAGACCUAGCCUAAACCAUAACCAAAAUAAUUAUCGUGAUAGCUAAUCUUGUUUACAUUACCGUCCUGGCCUAUGUAAUAGGGUCGACAAAUGAGAAACAAGUAGUACUCAUCACAACAACAAUAAAUCAAUAAUACAUCAUAUGUACAUCAAUAAUAGCAUCCCCAUACCAUACCAUACACCCCAUUAAUUGAAAGCAUAACAGAAAUCAACCAAAUCCAAUACAAUAGUAGUAGCAUCGAUCUCUAUCUAUCUCUUCCCAACUACACUUACAAAAAAACCUUCAUCAUCUUUAAGCAAAAACGAACCCCCAACAAACUCUCUCUUUCUCUCUCCUCAGCUCCCCCUAAUCUUUGUUCCUUCUUCUCUACUUUUGAGUUUUGAUCCCCAACACCAAACCUAGAAAACCCCAUUUCAACCAACUCACACCCAAAUCAAAAAUCUGUUUUCCCUCAAAAAUCGGUCCUAAAAAUGGUGAAUUUGAACAUACCCAUCAAAGGGAGGAAAGGUUUUUAUGUAAGAAUGAAGUUCUUGCACUCAAAUAACAAACAUGGUAGACCAAAAGACAUUAAUAACAAAAGAAACUCUCAAUUCUUUUAUAGAAGCUUCAAAUGGUUCGUUUGGUUCUUCAUUUCAUUCUACCUUUUCAUCUCUUUCCCUCCCUUUAAAAAUACAAAUGAUAGCCAAUCUCCCCCUUCUCCGCUUUCGGGUUCGGGUUCGGGUUCAGUUUCAGCUUCCGUUGUCCAACACAAUCGCCUCGACGAAUCUUCGGAAACAUAUUCGGAAGUAUUGAACCAUGUCAAGAUAUUUGUUUACGAAUUACCAGAUAAAUACAACAAGGAUUGGGUUAACGAAAGGUGCAGCAAACAUUUAUUCGCAUCAGAAGUUGCUAUUCAUAGAGCUUUAUUAGAAAGCGAUGUACGAACUUUUGACCCAAAUGAGGCCGAUUUCUUCUUUGUUCCUGUCUAUGUUUCUUGCAACUUUAGCACCGUUAAUGGCUUCCCUGCUAUCGGACACGCUCGUUCCCUCAUUUCCUCCGCCGUUAACUUAAUCUCCUCCGCCUACCCUUUCUGGAAUCGCAGCCGUGGCGCCGACCAUAUCUUCGUCGCUUCUCACGAUUUCGGCGCCUGUUUUCAUACCAUGGAGAAUGUAGCAAUCGAAGACGGAAUAAUGGAGGGUUUGAGAGGGUCAAUAAUUUUGCAAACUUUUGGCGUGAAAUACAAGCACCCAUGUCAAGCGGCGGGGAAUGUAGUUGUGCCGCCAUAUAUACCGCCGGAAAGUGUACGGAAGACGGCGGAGAGGUGGGCAUUGGAUGGUCGUCGUGAUAUAUUUGCAUUCUUCAGGGGUAAAAUGGAGGUCAAUCCUAAGAAUGUCAGCGGUCGCUAUUACAGCAAGGCUGUAAGGACCCACAUUUGGAGGAAAUACAACAAUGACCGGAGGUUCUACUUGAAGAGGCAUAGGUUUGCCGGUUACCAGUCAGAAAUCGCACGUUCUGUGUUUUGUUUAUGCCCCCUAGGGUGGGCCCCAUGGAGUCCACGCCUAGUCGAAUCGGUUGCGCUUGGUUGCGUACCCGUCAUCAUAGCGGACGGAAUUAAGUUACCCUUCGACGACGUCGUGCCAUGGGCGGAGAUAUCACUCACGGUGGCGGAACACGACGUCGCGAAACUAGGCUCCAUCCUUGAUCACGUUGCCAAAACCAACCUCACGGUCAUCCAAAGGAAUCUGUGGGACCCAGAAGUGAGGAGGGCCCUCCUUUUUAACGAUCAGAUCGAAAAAGGAGAUGCCACGUGGAAUGUGAUUCGUGCUCUUGCUAAAAAGAAGCACCACUCCCUGGCCCACCGUAAGUCGAGGGUUUCCGUCCAAUGAGGGUAGUCCACGUGGGAGUCUGUUAAUGGUGGGGUCAGUUGUCUGAAAAGUUGCCAGCUGUUAUUUCGAAAUGAAGAAAGGAUAUAAUGGAGGCCAGUUGGAAAAUUUUCUUGGGAGUUGUCACUAAGCUAGCUGUGAUGUUUUUUAUUACCAUUAUUUUUCUGACACAAGAAAGAUAAGAUUGGGUGACACUAUAUUGGUUUAGUGACGUGGCUAUAUUUGGUUGGAUGUGGUGGUCGGUUUCAGCAUGUGAUGAGAGAGAGAAUUAUGAGAUUCAUUUCAUUUUUUGGUUACUUUAUACAGAGAGAUUAUUGAGUAUGUAAAUGGGAAUAGGUCAUGCCAUAAAAGACCCUGUAAAGUUAGGGUGUAUACAUUGUACAGUUGAACAUUGAAAUGAGGUUUAUAGAUUUUGAAAGAAAAUGGAUCGCAAAUAACUUUUCUACUA